AUGCCAGACACUUGGAACGUGUCCUCAGAGGGCCCGGGCACCCAAGGGGCUGUGGGCAUCGUGAUCCCGGUGGUCUUCGCCCUCAUCUUCCUCCUGGGCACGGUGGGCAACGGGCUGGUGCUGGCCGGGCUGCUUCGACCCGGGCAGUCCAAGGGCAGCCCCACCGACUUGUUCAUCCUCAACCUGGCCGUGGCUGACCUGUGCUUCCUGGUGUGCUGCGUGCCCUUCCAGGCGGUGAUCUACACCCUGGACAGCUGGCCUUUCGGGACCUUCGCCUGUAAGGCUGUGCACCUCCUCAUCUAUCUCACCAUGUACGCCAGCAGCUUCACGCUGGCCGCCGUCUCCGUGGACAGGUACCUGGCCAUCCGCCACCCUCUGCGCUCGCGCUCCCUGCGGACCUCCCGGAAGGCCUGGGCCGCCAUCGGCCUGAUCUGGCUGCUGGCCCUGCUCUUCUCGGGGCCGUACUUCAGCUAUUACUGGACGGUCCAGUACGGGCGGCUGGUGCUGUGCGUGCCGGGCUGGGAGGACGAGAGUCGCCGGGCCCUGGACCUGGUCACCUUCGCCGUGGGAUACCUGCUGCCCGUGACCGUGGUCAGCCUGGCCUACGCGCGCACCCUGUGCUUCCUGUGGGCGGCCGUGGGCCCCAGGAGCGCGGCCUCGAGGGCCCGGCGCCGCGCCAAAGGCCGGGCCGGCCGCGCCAUGCUGGCUGUGGCCGCCCUCUUCGGCCUCUGCUGGCUGCCCCACCACGUGGUCAUCCUGUCCUUCUGGUUCGGCCACUUCCCCUUCAACUGGGCCACUUACGCCUGCCGCCUGGCGUCCCACUGCCUCUCCUACGCCAACUCCUGCCUCAACCCCCUCGUCUACGCCCUGGCCUCCAAGCACUUCAGGAAGCGCUUCCGCCACCUCUGCCCCCCCUGCUGCCGCCGGCCGCCCCCCCGGGGCCUCCCAGCCCGAGGAUCCGGCCCCGCAAAGGGGGCCAGGGCCCGCCGGCGGGUCCGCGUGGCGUCCCUCAGGCCCGCUCCCCUCCCCAGGAGGGACGCGCGUUCCGAGAUUCCCCAGUCCCUCCACGGGGAGGGCAAAGAGAGGGAGCUGCUUCCCGGGGUCUGCUAG